AUGUCAGGAUAUAUGUGCGUAGAAAAUAGGCUCAAAAUGACGCAAUCAGGAAGCGGUAAACGGGAACGAGACACUUAUGGUAUCACAACAUUGAAUAUACGUAUGCUAGGUGAGAAAUAUUGUGGUAACUAUGAUCGUGAUGCCAUCUUUCGCGAAAUAUAUACAUACCUAUACCCAAAAGGGAACCCACUGAAGGUCAACCAGCUUAUAGACAAUUAUAUAGGGGCUACUGGACAUUGUACGACAAAAUGGAUGGAAGAAACUGUAGCAUUCAAGUGUUACGAUUGUGAAUCAGAUAACACGUGUGCUAUAUGCCUAGAUUGCUUCUUCAGAUCGAACCAUGAAGGCCACAGGUACAGGCUUACGAGAACAUCAGGAGGAUGUUGCGACUGCGGUGAUAAUGGGUCGUGGGACAUACGUGGCUCAUGCUAUAAACACAGCUCAUCACUUACUCUGGAAGAUGAAAGACAAUUGCUCAAUGCAUUCAGUGAGGAAUUCUGCUCAAGGCUCAUGGAACUGUUACGGCAAAUUAUUGAGGAAGUAUCAACCUAUGUAUGCCACCUAGAUGUCAUGCAAGAACAAUUUAUAUUUCUACUCAUGAUGUUCUUGGACGAAAUACUGAAAGUAACACCUGCUUUCAGGUAUGCAUUCUUUGAAGUCAUGAGCGAUACGCAACUCAAGCUAUGGAUUAGGAAACACCAUCAACUACCAGUGGAUAUCAGAAAAACUUUCAACUCGCUAUAUCUCACUAUGGUUACUUCAAUGUCGUUCAAAAUGCUCUUCUCAAACGUCUACACUGAAUUGUACGCCGAUGUUAUAGAGCCAUUGGAAGAAACUGAUGAAUGGCAUCUCAGUCACCUCUCCGUGCAGCUAUUUACUUACCCGGAUAUCGCAACACGUGCUAUCGCUGGAGGAUUUAUAGAUGUAUGCAUGAAAUCAUUAACGAACUAUCAUUCACGUGAUAUCAAUUUGGAUACUUUACAAUUUCCAAGAUUUGAUCGUAGUCUAUUCGGAUUAUAUCUAGUGGUUCUAAGCGAUUUUUCAUACCUCAUGGCACACGAAGCUGUAGUUAAACUGAUAUUUCAGGAACCUGAACUAUAUACUGCACUAUUCAAUCUCCUCAGGGAUAUGAACAUGAUGAACACUAUAGAGAUGGCAACCCAUGAACAUGUCUCAUUUGAAAAUACAGGCUAUUCUAUUGCCUUCACAAGCGAGCAUACUCUCCACACAGCAUUGAGGCAAUUUUCAUAUUAUUGCAAAUCGGAUGUAAGGGCGGCCAGUGGUUUAUACAAAGCUAUAAACGACUAUGUGCUAAAGUACCUGACCAAAUGGAGAUUCAAUAGUAAUAAGUUGUGCCGCACCUUCCAUAUCCCGUUCGUACGCUUUUUUACAACAAUCAUCAAUUUUAACCAUGUAAGAGAAUUGUACGCAUCAGGUGCCGCUGCACAUGAGCUGCGUGACGAUCCGAUAGUGACAACCUUUGAUGACGAGGUGCUCAUAUAUGUAUUGAGGGCAACCGUGUCAACAUUGCGGUUCUCACAAGAAAUCAAACAUAACCUGUGGGUUUACAACGGAGAAUCGAUGCACGAUCAAAAUGAAUACUACCGUCAAGUGGUAUUGGUUCAAAUGGACGUUGCUGCACUACAGAUAGCAGUGGCCCUUCUUGGGUUACGUCGAAUUGCGGGGUUGAACAACAUAGAUGUACUGCUGGUACUACAUAAAGAGGCAUUCGGGUUAGACCUUAGGAAAGCGUAUGAGCAGGAAAUAUCCAUACAUAAUGGGCCAGGUGAUAUGAUAUUUCGGGCAAUUUUCUUUAUGCACCUGUUAUGUAUCUUAUUACAUGAUGUGAAACAUCUUGAGAAGUUGUCGGUUAUACGCAACGCCAAGAACCCCGAACUUAUUCGUCGCGGGUACCCGCUUUUGAUAAUGGACGUUGUAACUGCACUAUCUGUGGGUCGUCUUGAUUUUGCAGAAGUGACGGGGUCAGUAGAUAUAUAUUGGCGUCACCAUCCAGAUAUCGUGAAAGCUGUGGAAACUGUAGCUACAGUGAACUAUUCCGAACUUUCAGAUAAAGCAUACUUAAGACCGAAAAGUGAAAGUUACCGUCUCAUUGACAUAAUGUGGAAUCCACAUAAUACAACGUCAGACAUCUCGUUACCGCAAGAGGUAACAAACCGUGGUAAUAUCGGUUUACUGGGAGCUCCGCGUAGCGAUGAGUUCAUGGAACCAGAAUAUUACCAAACGCAGGAUGCAAUAAUGAAUGCAAUUGGUAGUUCAAAUUGUUUCACAGUGGUGUGGCAGUUUCUAGAGUCACUAUCAGGGUUAAACCAGACGGUGGCUGACCCAGAUUGUGGAUUCUCACAAGAAACAUUGUUCUACGAUGCACAGGAGCAAGAACAUAUAGAUCAAGAACCUAAUAAUGAGCCAAUAAGAUACUUUGCCGGUGUUGAUUGGUCUGGUAAUAUCGGUUGUAAAUGGAAUGAUUCAAUUUUGGCUGCCCUGAAAACAAUUAAUGUCCUCCUAGAAACUAGGGAACAUAUUAAUGAUCAAAAUGCAUCCCGCCUUGUUGACGCUUUAGAAGCGAUUGCUCGACGGGUAGGAGAUGAUAAGGUAAUGAACACAGCAUUGCAACGUGUUAUUCAACAGAUUCGUGAAAAGUUCCAAAUCAAUCCGAAAAGAGCUGAAAGUACUUCUGGAGAGAGCCGUAUGCAGUAUAUAAAGAAACUUCAAAAGCGAUAUAUGGCACAUAUAUUGGCAGAACAGAGUAAAGUGUCAUUUGACGAGCUAGAUCUUACACCAUCGAAGUCUGCGGGCUCUGGUAAUACGGAAUUAGACAUUUGUAUAUUGUGUAAACAAGGAAGUGACGAUGAUAACCGUAUGAGUUUCAUGUGCCUUAUAUCGACAAAUAGCGUUAUGCGUAGAUGCGCCAAGUCUGUAACAGGACCAACAGUUUAUGCCAAAGCAUCGUUACCCCUAAAAUCAUCAAUGAUCAGCUGUUGCGGGCACAUGGUGCAUACGAAGUGUAUAACAAACCACAACAAGAGCCAGUGUUCGAUAAGAUUGAUGACAUUUGGUGUCCAAAAAGCAAACAAUGAGUUCUUUUGCCCUAUAUGCAAGGCUUUGUGUAACUACACGCUAGAAUACGUACCGGAUGCAAUGACACUGGAGAGAUGUAAAACACAUCACAUGAACAAGACACAGAGGUUAUGUUCUACAGGUUGGAGGUACUCAUUUUGCGCAAAUUGGAUACCGUCACCGAUAUACGCAAGGUUCAAUUUGAACCCACAUGUAAUGUACAUGUUCAACGUCGUUUUACCUUUAAAUGACCUGAAAAGAACGAGUAACGAAGGUCGCAGCUUCCUCGAGGAUCUUGGAAUAGGAGAUUCACAAGAAUCUGAAUUCUCAUGUAACAAGUGCUUAGAGACAAACUUAGCAGUGGAUUACCAACCCAAGUGCAGUGCGCUUUUCUACCCUAAAGGUAUAAAGGAUGCUGUGUUGGACCGACGGCAUAUCAUACAACAGUUGAAGAGUUGGCUGUCAAGUCGACCCACUAAGAGACGAGAGUUGAGUAAUCUUUUGAAGGUGGAUUUAGGUUACACGUUCAGCCGCGAGAUGACUACUGAAUAUUGUCGCAUGGUAUUCGGAGGCAAACGUUGCUUAUACGGUAUACAAAAUUGGCGCCAUGUAAAUGCUGGGGUGUUGUUGGAUUCCAAGUUCUGGAUGUUCUAUCAUUAUCUACUUGCCACUUGCACUUGCCGACGGAACCAGUUGACGCUACGUCCAUCGUUGCUGCAACAUCUUGUGCGAAAUAUGUACAACAGCGGAAUGAAUGAUGCUUUAGGGGAUUGUAAUAAUGAUGUUUAUCAACUAGAUAGGAACUAUUUCGAUCUACCCCCAGGUGAUCUUGUCGUCCCAAAGUCAACACCGCGAACAAAUGGCCCCGCAACAACGCUUACGAUACUAGUUGAGUCCAUGUCCGACAAACAGUUGUGCAAACUUGCGGAAGCACUGGAUAUAGAUGUAGUAGAAACCGUAGAACCAACACUUGAGUAUAUGAACGUAGACAUCAACGAUAAGUUCGGCUUGGAUGUAACAUCUUCGUGGUCAAUGGACCUUCUGAGGGAGUUCCUCCUCUUCUUUAUACAGCAAUCACCUACAAAGGAAAAGAGCUUGGAGUAUCUCGGGAAAUGUGUCGGUAUGCUUUUGAUGCAAGUUUUGGAACGUGUAGUACUGGCUGAUAUAAAGCGUUCUUUCGCCGCGUUUAUAGAUAUGGAGGCGCGAGGUGGGAAUGACGGGCCUAGUGACCGCAACUAUACCUAUAGUAAACUCAAGUUCAAGAGACAGCUGUUAUCGAAACUAUAUGAAGCCUAUCUCAAGGAAUCUAUCGACAGUGCCGAGAUCCCAUCUGACCUUUUGGGAAGAGUAAAUUGGGUAGGCUUUGCCGAACAUGAAGAUGAGUUCAAGAGAUACAAUAGCACCAAUGUUAAUGAAGUGUUUAUGAAGGGUGUUAUCCCAAAUGGUUCACAAACAUAUGGAUCGUUAAAUGAGCCUUGUAAAGAUGUUGCUCCUGCCGAACCGAGUGUUGAUGUGGGCUACUUGGCUAAUAUGGAACGUCAGAUUGGCUUGGCACGUGAGAUGCAGGAAACGCAUCACCGCAUAGUCUCCACGUUCAUACAUCCAGUGCCAGAAAAACCAACCGGUGAUAUUGGUGAGCAAGCGAGGAAGUAUCUGUAUAACUUGGUGACUACACUGCUGAAGACUCGGCAUAUACAUGCGCUUGUAGAGAGCGGGGUUGACGAUCUAGAAUUCAAUUCCAUAUUACAAGUGUUGGGGAACGAUGUUGAAUACCAGGAUAACAUGUCUAGUGUGGAUACUUGGGACGAAGAGGAUACACUUGCCGAGAUGAUCUUCUCCAACAAGGCGUGCCAUUCGCCUCAAACUGUGCACAGUAACACGGAACCAGAACGAUACUACCUGGGUAUGGACCUAUUAAGGAGGUUGAAUGAGCAGACUUAUCGCGCCCAUUGUAACUUUGCCUUGUUUGAAGUGUUACGCCAUCUAGUGCCGGAAGAACGACACCUAUUCGACUUCAUAUCGGAAAAUAUACUAGACCAAAUGAGUGGAAUAUCAAACGGUGGUGACAUUCUACAUAUAGCACGGAUGUUGGCGGAGCGGGUAUACAACAGCGCACGUGACCGAGGAUAUCUUCGUUACGACUUUGAGCCGGACAUUGAUGCAUUUGUUGAUGCGCUGUUACAACAAUUGAAUGUGCUCCUGGAUAUAUCGUUCUGGACGAUCUUUAGCGUGUUCGAAACACGUGAGGACAUAGUCACCAAAGUAUCGUAUGCGCACUUACACCAUGAUAGUGUAAGGUUCAAACUAUUGGCAGAGGUCACAGGUGUGAACAGUUUCUCUGAAACUAUACUUAAAACCUGCAUGGCGAUGCUUGGUCCUGAGGAACGCAUGAAAUUGGAACUUGUACGUGCUACCGGCCAUGAGACUAUGGCACCAUUAGUUUCAGGCUACAACUAUGUGGAUAUGCAGAGUAAUUUACCAGCUGACGUCUGGGAGCUCGUGCAAAGAACAACGAAACGUUCGUGUCCAACCUGUGGUGAAACACCAGCAAACCCCUUGAUAUGCCUAUUAUGUGGGUCGGUGGUAUGCUAUCAGGGCAAGUGCUGCGAUAGGAACAAGGGUACUCGGGUCUUGCAUAUGCUAAUUACGCUGGAACGUAACAACGUAGCAUUCAGACCAACUGAUCUUACCCAUAUAUAUACUGACGAGUUAGUAGCACAUACGAGCUCGUGCGGAGGAGGCCAAUGUGUUUACAUAUCACCGUACAACUGCUUCUUGCUGCUCAUGGACGAUAGGCGACGAUGCAUUACUCAUACGCUGUAUUCUGACACAUACGGCAACAAGGAUCUACAUGGUAGCGUGUAUGGACCUGUGAUGCUGUCACAUACAAGGCUAAACAAUAUCAAAAACACAUUCUGUCAGGGACGACUGGCCCACGAGAUAAUAAACGCACAGAAAGAGGUUAUACAGUGA